GCGAGCAGCUUCCGGUGCUGCGUUUCCGUCUCUUCGUCCAUUUUCGCACAUGCUGCCGCACCGGUCGCUCCUCGUUAGCCUCUCAUUUUUUGGGAUUUUCAUCCCUCGUCGAGAGAAUUACGACUUAUUCUAACGCUAGAUGCAAGACACGGCGGCCAUGGUGGACGACCCUGAGUAUGAAGAGGAGGAGCCCUCCUUCAGCGAUCCGGAGGACUUCGACGAUGACAUCGAGGACGAGGAGCUCCUGGAUGACAUCCUGCGGGAAAAGCCCCAGGAAGCGGAUGGGAUAGACUCUGUGGUUGUGGUGGACAAUGUUCCUCAGGUGGGCCCAGAACGUUUGGAAAAACUCAAAAACGUCAUACAUAAGAUCUUCUCCAAGUUCGGCAAAAUCACCACAGAGUUUUACCCAGAGGCUGAUGGCAUGACCAAGGGGUACAUAUUUUUGGAGUAUGCCGCUCCCACUCAGGCCCUCGAGGCUGUGAAGAAUGCAGAUGGAUACAAACUCGACAAACAGCACACGUUCAGGGUCAACCUCUUCACUGACUUUGAUAAGUACAUGAACAUUUGUGACGAGUGGGAAGCUCCAGAGAAACAGCCUUUCAAAGAUUUUGGGAAUAUGCGUCACUGGAUCGAGGAUCCUGACUGUCGUGAUCAGUAUAGUGUGAUCUACGAAGCUGGAGAGAGGACGGCCAUUUUCUCAAAUGACGCUAAAGAGCCAAUAAUAAAUGAGGAGAGAGCGCGCUGGACAGAGACGUACGUCCGCUGGUCUCCUAAAGGCACUUACUUGGCUACUUUCCAUCAGCGGGGUAUUGCAUUGUGGGGCGGCGAAAAGUUCAAACAGAUCCAGAGGUUCAGCCAUCAGGGUGUGUCGCUCAUCGACUUCUCACCGUGUGAGAGGUAUGUUGUCACCUUCAGUCCACUGAUGGACACCAAAGAGGACCCACAGGCUAUCAUCAUCUGGGACAUUCUGACUGGACAGAAGAAGAGAGGCUUCCACUGCGAGAGCUCGGCACACUGGCCCAUAUUUAAGUGGAGCCAUGAUGGGAAGUUCUUUGCUAGGAUGAGCACAGACACGUUAAGCAUCUACGAAACUCCAUCAAUGGGCCUGUUGGACAAGAAGAGUCUCAAAAUUAAUGGCAUCAAGGACUUCUCAUGGUCUCCUGGUGACAACAUCAUAGCGUUCUGGGUACCAGAGGACAAAGACAUCCCAGCUAGAGUCACCCUGAUGCAGAUGCCGUCUCGUCAAGAGAUCAGAGUUCGUAAUCUCUUCAAUGUAGUUGACUGCAAACUGCACUGGCAGCGAAAUGGAGAUUAUCUGUGUGUGAAAGUGGACAGGACUCCCAAAGGAACUCAGGGUGUUGUCACCAACUUUGAAAUCUUCCGAAUGAGAGAGAAGCAGGUUCCUGUAGAUGUCGUGGAGAUGAAGGAAAGCAUCAUCGCAUUUGCCUGGGAGCCCAACGGCAGCAAGUUUGCUGUUCUCCACGGAGAGUCUCCCAGAAUCAACGCUUCCUUCUAUCACGUCAAAAACAACGGGAAGAUCGAGCUCAUAAAAAUGUUUGACAAACAGCAGGCAAACAGCAUUUUCUGGAGCCCCCAGGGACAGUUUAUGGUGCUGGCUGGACUCAGAAGUAUGAACGGCGCUCUAGCCUUCGUGGAUACCUCUGACUGCACCUUGAUGAACAUAGCAGAGCACUACAUGGCCUCUGACGUAGAAUGGGACCCGACCGGCCGAUACGUCGUUACCUCCGUCUCCUGGUGGAGCCACAAGGUGGACAACGCGUACUGGCUAUGGACCUUCCAGGGCCGUCUCCUCCAGAAGAACAACAAGGACCGGUUCUGUCAGCUGCUCUGGAGGCCCAGACCUCCCACUCUGCUCAGCAUAGAUCAGAUUAAGAUGAUCAAAAAGGAUCUUAAGAAAUACUCAAAGAUCUUUGAGCAGAAGGAUCGUCUGAGCCAGUCCAAGGCUUCAAAGGAGCUGGUGGACAAGCGCAGAGCCAUGAUGGAGGAGUACCGUAACUACAGGGAGGCGGCGCUGCAGAACUAUCAAGAACAGAAGAACCUCCGCCUUGAGCUCAGAGGAGGAGUGGACACUGAUGAGCUUGACAGCAACGUGGACGACUGGGAGGAGGAGACCAUUGAGUUUUUUAUCAACGAAGAAAUCAUUCCCCUCGGAGAUCUGUAGUCCGCUACGCAGUCCAUCUGUUGUUGUGUGGAAGGAGAGGAUAGGAGCGGUGUCACUGACUGGAGAAGGACGACGGCCUCACUGUGACAAACGUUGGGUUCGUCUCGAGCCUCAGGUUUUCUUUUAGUGGCAUCAUCAAAUCAACGUCUUGUGGAUCAGCAGCCACAUUGAGGAAAAAGAGAAGCUAUCCAAAUUAUUUCUCUGCCUCACAAUUGCCAUUUUCUUCUUUGUGGAACUGGAAAUUUAGUAAAACUGCCUUCAUUUUUAAACAUUGGUUGGAGUCAAAACUCUCAGCCCUAUCUUAGUGGACCUUCUUCCUCCUGGGAUUGAUUCUGAACAGGCCUCAUCAUGCUGGUGUGUUGCUACAGCGCAGCACAGAGUGUCAAACCAGUGCAUGAGGAAGGUGUUGAGUCAAAACCAGUAGCCUUGUCAACAAAUGUGCUGAUGUGGCGUUAUAGUGGCCUGUAUCCUCCUCCUUUCAGAUUAGGCUUUCACACAGGGAGGGGGUGCGCAGUGGGAAUAACUUUAAAUAAACAUUCUAACACAAGUA